AUGAAGGGCCUCGCCAGCUCCUCUGACGACGAGGAGAAGGUCAAGCGCUCCACCGUCAGCCGCUCGCGUCCUUCGGCCCGGCCUCGACCGCCUCAUCUCCCCACCUCGACGAGCGUCUCGCUCGCCCUCAUCGCCAUAGCCGCCUUGUGGCUCUCGACUCGGCAUCUCAGCAGUCCUCAGCACGGAGAUGCCGCCGCUGUCCGCCCCCUGAGCGAGCUGGGUCCAGACGAGCGCACCUCGUGGACCCGCGAGGUCGUCGACCGGUGCGAGGAGCUGCACGCGCUGCCCGGUGUGCCCGACUCGUUCUCGAGCAGGAACCUCAGCGACCGCUAUGCACCCGGAACCUCGCCAACCUUGAUCCGCAAUGCGACCAUCUGGACCGGUCAAGACGACGGCAAGCAGAUCCUGUACAACACCGAUGUGCUCCUCGACCGCGGCUUGGUCGUCGAGAUCGGCGAGGACAUCCGCCUCGAGUCGACCAACACGCGCACCCAGGUCGUCGUCGACGCUCACGGCGCCUGGCUCACGCCGGGCAUCUUCGACAUGCACUCGCACGUCGGCGUCGACUCGUUGCCGGGCCUUUCGGGCGCAGACGACACCAACUCGGUCCAGGGCGCCGUCCUCCCGCACCUGCGCUCGCUCGACGGCAUCAACGGCCACGACCUCGCGUUCCGCCGUAUCGUGUCGGGCGGCGUCACGUCGUCGCUCGUCCUCCCUGGCAGUGCCAACAACGUCGGCGGCCAAGCGUUCGUCAUCAAGCUGCGCCCGACCGCCGAGCGCACGAUCGACUCGCUCGUGCUCGAGAUGCCGUGGAACGUCAAGCUCCCGUCGGGCGAGCGCAAAAAGCGUGGCGACCCGCCUCGGUGGCGCCACAUGAAGAACGCCUGCGGCGAGAACAUCCGGCGCGUGUACGGCCAGACCCGCCUCGACCUCGCCUGGAACUGGCGCUCCAACCUCGACAAGGCGCGCACGCUCAAGCGGCAGCAGGACAAGUUCUGCCGCCGCGCCCUCGCCGCCACGCAAUUGGGUCGUGCGCUCGUCGACGACAAGGGCGACAUCGAGAGCUUCCCCGACGACCUACAGCUCGAGGCGCUCGUCGACGUCCUGCGCGGCAAGGUCAAGGUCAACACGCACUGCUACGAGACGACCGACCUCGACCAGUACGUGCGCCUCACGCACGAGUUCGAGUUCCCUGUCGCCGCGUUCCACCACGCCCACGAGACGUACCUCGUCCCCGACCUGCUCAAGUCGGCAUGGCCCGGCAACGGCACCUCGACGCCCGCCGUCGCCCUGUUUGCGACGAACGGCCGGUACAAGCGCGAGGCGUGGCGAGGGAGCGAGUACGCCGCCAGGGUCCUGAACGAGCACAACAUCUCGGUCAUCUUCAAGAGCGACCACCCCGUCACCGACUCGCGGUUCCUCCUGUACCAGGCGCAGCAGGGCCACCACUUCGGCCUGCCGGCGCACAAGGCGCUCGCCUCGAUCACGACGGUGCCCGCCAUCACGGCCGGCCUGUCGCACCGCAUCGGGUUCCUCAAGCCCAACUACGACGCCGACGCCGUCCUGUGGAGCGCGCACCCGCUCUCGCUCGGCGCGACGCCUCAGCAGGUCUGGAUCGACGGCGUCGCCCAACUCGUCGAGUCGUUCCCGCCCGCACCGCCCGGCGACGACGAGCUCGCGCGCAAGAACGGUCCGCCGCAGGCGAGCCUGCGCGAGGACUACGACCCGACCCGCGAGCAAGAGGACGACGGCUUCGACUGGAUCAACCCGGGCGAGACGGUGCGGCGCAAGAAGCCCGAGGUCGUCGAGCACGUCAAGUUCGUCAACGUCGGCGAGGUCCUCCUCAAGGACGCGCAGCAGCCUGGCCUCGUCGAGCAGCAGGACGGCGGCGCUGCGCCUUUCGAGGUCGUCGUUGAGGACGGCAAGAUCGUGUGCACGGGCGACAAGUGCGUCACGGCCGACGAGGUCAAGACGGUCGACCUGAAGAACGGCAGCCUCCUUCCGACGCUCGUCACGUUCGGCUCGGCCCUCGGCCUCACCGACAUCAUCGCGGAAAAGACGACGACCGACUCGCCCUCGUUCGACCCGCUCCUCAACAGCAAGCUCUCCUUCGUCCAGCAGCAGUACGGCCCCAAGGUCUCGGUGCGGGCGCUCGACGGGCUCUCGUUCGGCGGCAAGCAGCUCGUGACGGCCGAGGAGAACGGCGUCGGCAAGGCGAUCACGGCGCCGUUGGGCAAGGGCUUCUUCCGAGGCCUGAGCGUCGCCUUCCGCACCGGUGCAGCUCAUGUUCUCGAGGACGGCGCCAUUCUCAAUGAGGCGGCCGCGCUCCAUGUCGCUAUCGGUCACUUCGGCGGCCCCGCUCCCGUUGCCCUCGAGAUCGCCGAGUUGCGCUCGCUCCUCCUCGGCGGCCUCGACAACUCAACUUUCGACGACAAGUGGACGCCCGUCGACUACUUUGGCGAGGUCGCCAAGGGCAAGAUCCCGCUCGUCGUCAAGGCCAACAAGGCCGACGUGAUCGCGUCCCUCAUCCGGCUCAAGAACGAGGUCGAGCUUGCCGGCGACGCGUCGCAGCGCUGGAUCAUUCACGGCGGCGCCGAGGCGCACCUCCUCGCUGCCGAGCUCGCCGCCGCCCACAUCGGCGUCAUCCUCUCUCGCGGCCGCUCCCUGCCCGAGACGUGGGACGAGCGUCGUGCGCUUCCUGGCCCGCCCCUCACGCUCGACACGCCGCAGACGGUGCUCCACCGCGCCGGCGUCAUGCUGGCGAUCGGGACCGACGAGGAGUGGAUGCCGCGCAGCGUCGUGCAGGAGGCGGGUUGGGCGCAGAAGCUCUCGAGGGGCCAGGUGAGCCGCAAGGAGGCCAUCGCAUGGGUGUCGACCAACUUUGACGAGCUGUUCGGGCUCGAGGACGAGAGCGUCGACGACGAGGACGCCAGGUCGACUUUGUCGCGUUCGAGCGCGACCCCUUCGAGUUUGGCGCACGCGUCGUCGCCGUCUCGAGCGGCUCGGGCGUCAAGCUCUUCCCGUAGACUUAUUUCUUCCUCGCACUCUCUCUCUUUCUAUCUCCCGCCGAAGCCGUAGCAGUUCUUGUGCAUAGUCUCUUUGUCCGCGCC